CUUGAGGGUUGGUUUGAUUGGAAAUCGAAAUGCCUCAACUUGAUAAAUUGACUUAUUUCUCACAAUUCUUCUGGUUAUGCCUUCUCCUCUUUACUUUUUAUAUUCUCUUUUAUAAUAAUAAUAAUGGAAUACUUGGAAUUAGCAGAAUUCUCAAACUACGGAACCAACUGCUUUCGCACCGGGGGAACAAGAUCCGGAGCAAGGACCCUAAUAAUUUGGAAGAUAUCUCGAGAAAAGGUUUUAGCACCGGUCUCUCAUAUAUGUACUCCAGUUUAUCCGAAGUAUCCCAAUGGACCGUCGACUAUUUGGGAAAAAGGAGGAAAAUCACUCUGAUCUCAGAUUUCGGAGAAAUAAGUGGCUCACGAGGAAUGGAGAGACAGAUUCUCUAUUUGAUCUCGAAGUCCUCAUAUAACACUUCUUCCAGUCGGAUCACUUGUUGGAAAAACAUAAUGCUCACACAUGUUCCACACGGGCAAGGAAGCAUAAUCUAAUGAACUUAGAUUCUUUUCUUUCUAUAGGACUGAGGAUCCUUGCCUAGAUCCAGAAAAAGUUGGAUGCGCCGGAAGCUGAAGCGGAAAUGCAAUUCUCGGGUGAGGAAAGGGUUGUCUCAGGUACGCCUGGGGCAGGAUUGAAUCGAUGUACCUAAGCUAAACUUAUAAGAUUGAACCACCUAUAGACGGAAUUAGGAGAGCUGAGGUUUAAUCCAAGACCAGGAAAGCACCAGCUAUAUCGAAGCCCAAUGCCAAGCAAAGCCCUAGACGGAAAGUGAAGAAAUUGGCUUCAAGCUUCGCCCUUAACCCAAGAUGAGGUGGAGCCUUACCCCGACACAAGGUGGGACCCUCCCAUUAGGAUAGUGGGCUUAGUCAGACCAACAUAGGUUGUCAACCAAAAAGGAGAAGCUCCCGUUAUUGUUGGUUUAUGGACCUAAGACGAGAGGAUUGGGCUUAGAACAAGACCUUUCGGUGGAUAUGAUCACAUCUUCAUGACAAUAGGUGUACACCUUUGGCCUCACUCAAGGUAAUGGGUGACCAAACCUAACGAGUCUAAACAAAUUGGAUCUUAUUGUGUGACAAAAACUGAGAUUGGGAAUGCUUGGCAGGUAUUUGAGUACCAGUAAAUUAGGGAAAUCAAACACAUAAAGAAGUUUUCUUUCCAAGCCUGGUAACACCACACUUAAGUAAGUCGAUUCAGAUUAGCCAACAAGCGAAUCCAUUCCAUUAACUCAGUCAACUCUUUCUGGUAAAAGUGCUCAUCAUUACUACUAUAUAUAAUAUAAUAUAAUAUAGUAAAUUACAGACAACACUCAAUGCUAAUGAGUGGAUCAAGUCAUUUACUAGUCAAUGAACUGACUAAACCCUGUCUGUUCUGGGAAUUGACCCACUUAACUAUACUCUUAGGGCAAGCCGCCCUGUGGUAAUUAACUCCGUAAAAUCUGUAUCAGUCUUGAGGCAAUUUGGAAAUGCUAGACAAAGAUAUUAAUCAGAGUCAGUCAAUUCCCUAGCUACAGUUAAUAUGAAAAAUCCCGGGUAGGUAAUUCAAACACGCCCCACCCAAUAGGUGAAUCUUUCAAAGUGUGGGAAAUCUCCCCUUUCUUCAAUCCUAGAAUCGAUGCCUAAGAAAAAGGGUAUAUCUAUUAAAAUGCUCAACCCAUUCAUGCGAUUCAAUCCUCUGCUCUGAUUCUAUUAAAAAGGAAACACUCCACUAAGUCGUACACACUCCCCAAUAAGUCUGGUAAUUAAUUCGUUCAAAUCAAUGCUCGGUGCAGCAGGUAAUGUAACUUAAUCAAUCGCAAGCGGCAAAAGAACUCAAACUCAAUCCACAAUCCGUCUCGCUCGUCUGGGAAAGAAGAGCAGGCUGUUAGGCAAGCCGGCUUUAAUACAACCUCUAGGGAAGCCAGGAAAGUUGGUAUAUACUUUGUACCAAGUACCAAACUUUUGAAACAGUUUGAAUCCAAUAAGGAAGAAAUGAAAAAGCUAGGCCGAAGGAUGAGAUGGCAUUUCAAGAGAAUAGUCGAUCAGUAUGGCAGGAAGAGGUCUCUUUGUCAAAUCCUCUAUCAUCUAAAGCUGGGUCAGAAACUUCCUUUAGGAGCAGAAGAAUUUGCAGGCCGUAGGACAAAGCUUCCAUUCUCGAAGAAACUAGCCAAGUUUGAAAACACUUAAGAGGGCUGGGUAUUGAAAGAGUCUGGCAGGAAGAAGUAUAGUACCAAGCGGCAGUAAGCCUCGAUUCGAAUUAGCAGAGAGGUCAGUUUUAGGAGGUCGGUGUCCAGUGGAGUUCAGCGAGAAACUCAAAGUAAUACAUACCUAUUUGUUGCGAUGUGAUUGCUUCGCACCUUUCAAUAUUUCUUUUACUUCUAGUGCUAUCUUCCAUCCGUUCCAGUUCAUGGAUCUUCUUCUUGUUGUAGAACGAGAAUUGGAUUGAUUCCUAUAGUUUAGUUCUCUAUUUGCAAAUUCAUUACUUAAUAACGAUCUUAUAGGCUUUGUCUCAGGCAGAUCUGGAGCGACUGGAUUGAACAGAAAGUACUCUCACACUAUAGAAAAAAGUAAAGUCCACUAAAAGUACAUGCACUCUUUUCUUACACUUAUAGAGGUUCGAAGAAAUGAGUAAAAGGUAGACUAAGUGAUCAAUCAAGAUCUUGUCUCAAAACCUACUCUUAGAAGGCUCAUUCCAGCAGCCUUAGCACAAGCAAGUAGACCGUCACAAAAGAGAAUGAAAUCAAAACCGGAGAAUGAAAUGCUUUACUUAUAAUACUAAGACAACCAGGCACUUCACUUCAGGCUUUGAUCCGCGACUUACAGAACUGUUUUGCCUGACAUUCAAUCGUUUUCUUGUCUUUUUUUCUUCCCACUACUAUAUAUAAUAUAACCUUUAGAUUUUAUACUCCAUCCAACCACUCUCUGUUCCAUUUCUCAUUCCUUAUUCCUGAAAGGAUAGGUUCUUUAUUCCAGCUGUUCGUUAGAAUCUUAGCUCGAAUUCAAUGUUCGGAUGCUCCAUCCUUCGCGUCCAAUCCCUGUCAGGAGGGGCAGCUUCCUCGAGUCCGGUCUCGGAAGCUGGGGCAAAAUAGGCCAGUCUAUCUGAGGGAACGGGACCUACAAUCAGGAUCUCUUCCGCGGAUCUCUUGCCUUGCUUCUUGACUGGAACCUGGCACUUUUAGCGUGCAUCUAGUCUGCAUAUCCCUUUCUGCAAAUCUCUAUUAGCUCUGCUGCAGAAGUGGAAUGUGAGCUUGGGAAUACCCUUCCGGUUUCCAGAAUCCUAGCUUGAUUUCUUGCGUUUAAAGGCAGGCUUGACCAACCACAUCACAUAAGCCAGCGCAGCGAGAAAACUGAUUCUUCCACGGGAUUCCGCUUCCUACGAAACAUACGUUUUACGAAUUAACGGUUACCAGUAGCGAGCGAUCCUUUCCUACAAGGUAAGGCCAUGGACAAAGGUUUUUUAUCUACCCCAGCGGGGGCAGUUUUAGGAGUCUUUUUUCAAUCCAUCUUACUUUGAAUCCGGGCUCGCCUUCACUCGGUCAAGGGGUUGCCCUUUACCUCGUUCCGUGGUCCUUUAUCCCCUCCUUGCUUGCCUAGUUUUAUUCCUUUCCGAGGCCCAAAAGCCAAGCAUCACAAUCAGAGGGUUAAUCCUCCAACCAGAACCAACUUAACCUAUGGAUAGUCUCCGCCGGCCUAGGCGGAGAUGGCCAACUGAUAGAUACUUAUCCUGCCCAGCGGGUGCUACUUCUCUUCUUUCUCCUAUUUGCUUUGCUUGACGGUGAAACCUAUCGAUCAUAUCCGGAAGUUGCUUAACACUACCCUCGAAUGCAAGUCAGCUCUUCGAUUCUCGAGAAUCGGGGUGGGCCAGGUGAUUAUUUGAUUUCCAAUAUGGAUAUAAUGAUGUGUAAGAACUGCACCACCGAUAUAGCACCCUUCCUCGGACUAAGGAUAUUCGUACUCCCAGUGCUCUUGCUUCCUUUGCACCCCGGCUCCGAAGGAUCAGUAGGGAGGACUCCGGAUGCCAGUAUCGGAAUGGAAACAUUCCUCGAAUGAUAUGAUGGUUGUGAUGCCCCGUUCGUGAUACCCAGGGAAGGGGACUACAUCAUACUUCUCUGAUCCAGUCCUUUCUUUAUUGACAAUAUUUAUUAGUUGACCACUUUACUAGGCUUUCCCUAACAAAAGUAUUCCGAGUGACCACCCUAUUGUCACUUUACUGUCCAGUUCGCGAGUCCCACUCACUUAUUUUAGUCAAACCGACCCUAACUAAAACUAAGUUAAGUAUAGUACUUUUCUCAAUGCUGCCCGCCUCUCAUCUGUUUUCUAAUCAGCUUCUAUCUUCUGUUCCAACCAAGGAAGCUCUUCUAUUCAACCGGUUCGUAUCGCCAGGCCCCUCAGGGGGUACGGUUUAUCUAAUCACACUGCUCGCUACUACAGGGAUUCCUUCUCCUUGCCGAGUUGCAGGUGUUACCACCCUAGAUAUUCUAUUUAUUAUUUGUAUGCUGCCUUCUCUCCUUCAUCUGGAUUUUUGAGAUGAUUGUUAUGUUAGUUCUUCCUUCUAUGUUGUAAGGUGCAAUCUCAUCCGAUGUUUGCCAGUUUGCCCGAGUCUUCCCGAUUCUUAUCCAGCCCAGCUAGAUUGGACCAACAUCAGCGGUGCUUCUAUUAACCCUUGCUUCUCUACUAUUCUUAGGUCUUAGGAGAACCCUAUCUUCCAUAUUCCUAAUCCUCAAGUACAGUAGGCCGCACUCUUCGAUCCUUUGGUCCUAGAACACCUUUUGUCGUAAACUAUACUCUACAUUCCCCCUCGGUCUACUCCGCCAAAGUAGCGACAAGAUUCAAUUGCUGGUUCGAUUCCAGCUCGCUAUCCGACGGUUAAUCCUUUAACCAGAGAUCAGCAUCCAAGGGUUAUUCCUUGAACCAGUGCUUCCUAUCGAAUCGAUCAUUCUUUACUUACUUUAUUAAGAUUAAGUGGGCAUCCCUCACUGAAAAGAGAAUCAAGCAGGAAAACCCUAGGACGAGGGAUAGUGAUAUUCCUUUCACCGAGCAAGAAACCAUCUCUUUCUUUCACAUAUAUAUAUCUAUUUCAAGAAGUCCAAUCCACCACUAUCAAUGGAGCACUCUACUCUAUACUAUUACCGAGUGAAGAUUUCAUCGGAUCCGGCUUGCUUUCAUUGAAGGACAAGAGCGGAUAGUUCCCUUCCCUUUCUUCGAUGAACCCUUAUCUUUCGAUAGAGAAGUACAGCGAGAUGAACGAUAAGUCGAACGACAGAACAACCUGAUGUUACUGCAUCAAGUAAUUCAGAUUGUCAUAUUGAGAUUUUUUCCUUUUUUGUACUUAUUAUUCCAAGCCAAAAGGCUAUGUUCUCCCCCAUACAGCUCGCAAGGCUCAUAACCUAACUGCUCUACUUACUUAAUUCUUAAUUCAGAAAUUCAACAACCCUCCCUUGAAGGGCCAAAACAACAGCAGAGUAGCAGGUCAAAAAGAGAGAGAGAACUGAAACCGAAGAUACUUGGGUUGGGAGAACUCUUCUACAGUACUCCAUUAACAGAAUAAAAGUAUAGACCAAUCAGCCUUCCUUAUUGUCCAAGAUCAUUACUAAAGUGUUGGCCAACAGACUAGUACCAGUGGUGGAUAGGAGAGUAAGUCCCAGACAGCUAAGAUAAACUCCCGGGUAGUGUUGUCACUGCACAAGAGGUGCGUAACAGGUGUAAGCAAAGAAGAGAGCAUAACACUGGAUUUAGAAAACGAGCAUAUGAUAUGGUGAGACAACUUUCUCUUUUUUGAGGUGAGAUGCUAGCCAGCCCUCUAUUCAUGGGUGAGAUAUCGACUUUACAGCGUUACCACGUACCAAAUCGUUCACUCUAUCAGGCAGCCGGAAGUGCAUCUCUUCUUUUUGCAGGACUUCUUCCUAGCUCCGUGGAACGAAGAGUUGGAACGAAUAGUAGAAUGUUGGGCAGCAGGAAAGACUAGUUACAGAAAAGCCAGCCCCAGUUCAUUCUGGCUAUUGCAUCCGUGGAAUGCAUAGUUAGCUCCGUUUUCAAGUCCCACCCUACCUACUUAUUAGCUUGCCCUGUUUCUAAUGCGCUGUGGACCUUGCUUGUUGGCUUCGUCGACCAAUUCAAUUCCUUGUGUCGGCUCCGAUCUAACUAGUAAGAAGAAAGAUAGAUAUAUAGAAUUGGGUGGGCAGAGUUGGCUUGCUUCCAAGAGAAUAAACACCUGGCGACUCGAAAACAUGAUGCGCUAGGUUUCGAUCAGUUAAUCGAGAUAGGCUGUACUUUUCAUUCGAUUUUGUUACCACGUGCUUUUCACUUCAUGAUCAUGGCUCAUUUUCCUAGAACACCACAAAAAAUCUCCCUACCAGUUUUAUGAGAGUGCUCAGUCAACUUCCUAUAAGAGUUCUGCUUUUGCUAAUCAAAGACAGACAUCAAUCCCUCAUCCUACUCUGUCUGUCAGUCGGUUACUCAGUUCUGUUAGCUACUCACGUGUCUAUACUAAGCUAAGAUAUUCCUCAUUCUUGCACAGGACAGGACAGGAGAGGGGAUUGCCUUAGCUACCGGUACCGAACUCCGAUCAAACUAAAACGAAAAGCUUAACCGAUUCUUGUAGAGUCCUUAGCAUUAGAUAAUGCAUGCGCACACAAGAGGAAUGAACUUGCCUUCUAGUGAUUUGGAAGGAUUGAGUCGGCUGCCCCCAGCCUCGCCCCGCAUCGCCCUCCGGGGGUAGUUACGCCAGUGGAACCAACUCACAAAGCAGCCCAAAAGCAGGAACUUUUCUUGAUUGAAUUGGUUUAAAGGUAAUUCAUCAAUCCUUAAAUUAUUCCAGGAUUCUUUUGGGAUGCUAUCCACCCUUUGAUUUACGAAUUGGCUAUAAUAUUUACUCUGGAUCCCUUCCAGCUGCAAGUCAAGAAGGAUCCUUUGAAACAUUUUAGGAUUAUACUCACAAUUGGUUUGGGGGUUUCGUAUUGCAUUGCCCGCACUAUCCAUAUCCUGGAACAGGAUUGAUUUGGCCAUGGAAAGGGCCAGCUAAACGCCUAAGCUCUGAAAGUACGGAUUGCUUCCCUUCAUAGAUUUUAUUAGUUAAUUUGAGAAGUUCCUCUGGGCUCCUGGUCCUUUCCAGAUACUGCAAACUCAAAUUAUGAAAUAUGAGAUCCCUGCUACUCAGAGUCAGAGACCCGAAAGGACGUGGUGGACUCCCUGGUUCCCCCUCAUCUGCAGGAGAAAUUGAAGAAGGUGCAGCCCCGCCCCCUGCGGAGUGACUCGGGGCCGGCGGUGGAGUAGUACCUGACUGGGUCGAGUAGGCACCCUCCUCAGGGCUAAGUGGCGGAUCUAGAAAAUAGUCUGAGCCGUCAAGAACUAUUUCAGGGGGCAGACCCGAGUGCUCUAUUGGAGCUUUGCCCUUGCCCUUAUCUUGGGCUUGACAGGUAGACUAUAAAGAGAUUCAGUACAGCAAGCCUGACACUCAUAUUUAUUAAUAUAAUGGGGACCCAGAGAAAGAUAAUAGAGAGCCAUCUGCCAAUAGGCAGAAUAGAUUCCACACUCACUUCAGAUUCUGGGUGGGUAAAGGGAAACGUGAUCUCUAUUCUGAGAGGGAGCGCGGUCGAGCAUAGACUCGGCAACAACCAAUACAUCCAAUACCACAGUAGGCCCACGUACUACAGCUUAAAUGUACUGUAUGUGCCAUCAUAAACCAUUUCAGUCGUAGUACCUAACCUACCAGGCACUUGUUUGCCACCAAGAUAACCUAAUUAACGUGAAACCAACUGUAUUUCCGCUGUAGUACCUACCAGGCUUGUAACCAAGCUAAGUGAAAUUGAAAAACAUUUUCGCUGUACUACCGCUCGUGUAACCGACGUAAUCGGUCUUAAACACCUAUAAUAUAAGGAACUCGUGUACAACCAUAACAUUUAUAUAUUUCACAGGUGUACCACCGUAACCAAUUUCACUCGUGUACUACAAAGAA